AUGUACCAGUUCUCACUGGACGCCUACAUCAGCCUCUUCGUGCUCAGCAUUGACAAGAGCCACCGCAGCAACAAGCUGGAGGACCGCAUCGAUUACCUGAACGAGUACCACACCUACGCCGUGUACAGGUACACCUGCCGCACCCUCUUUGAGCGCCACAAGCUGCUAUUCAGUUUCCAGAUGUGUGCCAAGAUCCUGGAGACCUCGGGCAAGCUCAACAUGGACGAGUACAACUUCUUUCUCCGUGGAGGCCUGCACCCACGCCCAUACUGCUUUUGCUUGGCGAAACCAGCCCUGUUGUUGGAUCCUGCUGUCCUGUCCCUGUGCGGCCCGAGGCCAAGCCUGGCUGGAGAAAACCCUCCCACACCGAGUGGACUCGCUCUAAAUCUGUUAGACACAACUGCCAGAUGGCGGCACCACGUUUCCCUGGGCGGUGCCUCUCCACCCCCCCAACGAUGCACACUUCACCUCCCGUCCAGAUUAGCUAAUAGCUGAUAGCCUCCCAGUGCUCCCCAACCC